GGUGGGCGGAAGAGAAGAGAUGUAGUUCCGGACGCUGCCGCGCCGCCAUCUGUCACCUUAGCUCCGGCACCAGCAGCUCGUCGCCCCAGCCCCGCCGCCUGUCUCCUCGGCGGAGGCUGCUUCCCGGUCCUGCCACUUGUCUGCCCUGUGUUCGUCGCUGUCUUCUUUUCCAACAUGGAUCUGGUCGGAGUGGCAUCGCCUGAGCCCGGGCCCGCAGCGCCCUGGGGACCCAGCAAGUGUCCCUGGGCUACCCCUCAGAACACAGUAUCUUGUUCCUUGGCUGAUGUGAUGAGUGAACAGCUGGCUAAAGAACUGCAGCUAGAAGAGGAAGCUGCCGCUUUCCCUGAAGUUGCUGUCACUGAAGGACCAUUUAUUACUGGAGAAAACGUUGACACUUCCAGUGACCUAAUGCUGGCUCAGAUGCUACAGAUGGAAUUUGACAGAGAAUAUGAUGCACAGCUUAGGCGUGAAGAAAAAAAAUUCAAUGGAGAUAGCAAAGUUUCCAUUUCCUUUGAAAAUUAUCGCAAAGUGCAUCCUUACGAAGAUAGUGAUAGCUCUGAGGAUGAGGUUGACUGGCAAGACACUCGUGACGAUCCCUACAUACCAGCAAAACCAGUUCCUACUCCCAAAAAGGGUUUUAUUGGAAAAGGAAAAGACAUCACCACCAAACAUGAUGAAGUAGUAUGUGGGAGAAAGAAUACAGCCAGAAUGGAAAAUUUUGCACCUGAGUUUCAGGUAGGAGAUGGGAUCGGAAUGGAUUUAAAACUAUCAAACCACGUCUUCAAUGCUUUAAAACAACAUGCCUACUCAGAAGAACGUCGAAGUGCCCGCCUCCAUGAGAAAAAGGAGCAUUCUACUGCAGAAAAAGCAGUUGAUCCUAAAACACGUUUACUUAUGUAUAAAAUGGUCAACUCUGGAAUGUUGGAGACAAUCACUGGCUGUAUUAGUACGGGAAAGGAAUCUGUUGUCUUUCAUGCAUAUGGCGGGAGCAUGGAGGAUGAAAAGGAAGAUAGUAAAGUUAUACCUACAGAAUGUGCCAUCAAGGUAUUUAAAACAACACUUAAUGAGUUUAAGAAUCGUGACAAAUAUAUUAAAGAUGAUUUCAGGUUUAAAGAUCGCUUCAGUAAACUAAAUCCACGUAAGAUCAUCCGCAUGUGGGCAGAAAAAGAAAUGCACAAUCUCACAAGAAUGCAGAGAGCUGGAAUUCCUUGUCCAACAGUUGUACUACUCAAGAAACACAUUUUAGUUAUGUCUUUUAUUGGCCAUGAUCAAGUUCCAGCUCCGAAGUUGAAAGAAGUAAAGCUCAGUAGUGAAGAAAUGAAAGAAGCCUACUACCAAACUCUUCAUUUGAUGCAGCAGUUAUACAAUGAAUGCACGCUUGUCCAUGCCGACCUCAGUGAGUAUAACAUGCUGUGGCAUGCCGGGAAGGUCUGGUUGAUUGACGUGAGUCAAUCUGUAGAACCAACCCAUCCUCAUGGCCUGGAGUUCUUGUUCCGUGACUGUAGGAAUGUCUCCCAGUUUUUCCAGAAAGGUGGAGUAAAGGAAGCCCUUGGUGAACGAGAACUCUUUAAUGCUGUUUCAGGCUUAAACAUUUCAGCAGAUAAUGAGGCUGAUUUCUUAGCUGAGAUAGAAGCUUUGGAGAAAAUGAAUGAAGAUCAUGUUCAGAAGAAUGGAAGGAAAGCUGCUUCAUUUUUAAAAGAUGAUGGAGGUCCGCCAGUCCUGUAUGAUGAAUAGCACCAACACCCACUGCUUUCAUUGUUAACACAGUGGUGACUGUCAGCUGCCAAUGGCAAGUGAAGUUGUGGGAGACUUGAAAUACCAAAACAGAAGGAGUGUUCAAUGGUGCUUCUGUGCUUUUUUUCCCCUUGUAACCCAUAUGCCAGAUGUGUGGAAUUUGUAGCUCAGCGUUGGGAGAAUAAAAUGUCACUACCUCUCAUCUUAUGAACAGGAUAAUAUAAUUCUUUAACAGCUAUAGGUUAUCUACCUGAAAUCAACCUGGUUUUAUAGAAUUCGUGGUAUAAAUUGUUUUGAUGAGAAUUUUUAAAACUUAGGUAACAUUUCCAAACAUGGGAGGAAAGGAUGGGUGUGUUUACAAGGAAGGCUUUUAUUACAACAUAGUUGCUUUUUUUCACCUCCCUGUUUUGUGUUACAGCUUUCCUCAAAUAUUUUAUUAGCCUAAAA